CGCCUUUGUUUUGAUUAGACGCACAUCGGUGAAGGUGAGACUGAUUUAAACAUAUUCACAACUCGAUUGAGCAAUAGUUAGGCAAAUCUUUCAACAAAUUGUAUUUGAAAGAUGGCGCUUGGUAUCGCCGUUUUGUUCUUGACUGCGGUUGCGCACUCAGCAUUGGGUCGAGAGCCUUUGCCAGAUAGAGAAACUCUCACCAAACUCCUCGAUGAAAUAGACAAUGCAGCGGUUUCUAUGGCACCUUGUGGGAAUCCUGCCCCGGGCCUGCUGAAGAUACGUCACGGGUAUGAUUUGGGAUACAUGGACCAAUUACCGCUGUUUGUUGGAGAAAAUGACGGAACUAAAAGAGUCGCCUUGGAUUUCACCUGUACUGAAGGCAAAAAAUGGCAGAAUCCUUACAAUGGCAUCCAGUACGACCUACCGGAUCAGAUCACAAACAUGGUUAGCUUGCCCAGAGGUAUAAUGCAGUUUGACACUUACCUCUGGAAGGACUACAACGAAAUCAAACGUGAUUGGUCGUCAAAUACUGGUUUAGACAUAAUGGACGGUGCAUUUGGGUUCAGUUCCUCAUAUAGCAGGAUGCAUCACUCCAUAACAGCACAGAAGAAGUUUGUAGAAGAUGUCACCAGUUUUGUAUCUGGAUUCAGAGCGGACUACAAACCACCAUGGGAACUUAAGCUUAACGCUGGUGCUCAAGCAUUCAUCGACAGAUUCCUUCCUAACACAUAUGAAGAGGAUAUGGACGCUUGGGAUGAAUUUAUCAACUAUUAUGGAACUCAUUACUACGAGCAAGGCAACUUUGGAGGCUUGUUAAAGAUGACGAUGGAGACAGAGAAAGAGCUCGUGUUCCAAAUGGGAGAAACGACAACCAAGCAAAAUGCUGAGGCAUGGUUCAAGUUGUGGAUUGGAGUUCUCGGCGCUCACACUGACACAACAGUGAGAGUUGAUGCCAGAUUCAGAAACAGAACGAGUGUUACACAAAGAUAUUUCGGCGGUCAGGGGAAUUUACUUGACCGUCAGUUCUACAGUAAAUGGGUGCCAACAAUUGCUACGAAUCCUUGGUUGUUUGCUGGUGACCUCAAGCCUUUGUCUCUUAUGUUCCCACAAGCCAAGGCUGCCGGUAUGAACCGAGCUACACAGGUAGCCUUGAAUAAAGCCAGAGUAAACGAAAUGAAAACUGCCAUCAAUGCUUACAUCGAGGAUCUACAAAAUAUGGGAUUUACUGGACUUUGGUCAUUUUACUGCAAUGGGACACGACCAGAUGCUCAAUGUGAUAUAUUGGAUAUGAUAAUAAUAACGGUUGGAUGUAGGGUUCACGGUUGUAGAUGGUCUAACUGGCCCGAUCGCCGAGAUCAAUAUGUCCGUGAAGCUCAAGCUAUUCUCCCUAGAAUAACAGCAGAGGAGGCAAGGAAGGGUCGCAAUGAUGCUGGUGUUGCUACCUUGGGACGUCGUGUGCGAUCUAUUCUGUUGAAGAUGAAUACAAGAUCUCCGUAUGACACCAAAACGCUCAUGCGAACUACACAAGUCUGUUACUGUCCCCGCGGAUCCAGAUGCCGCUGUGGAGUCAAUGCACCUGGUGCAACUGUUAAAGCACCCAGACCAUUUUUCACCAAUUGGCCAGCAAGAUAAAAAAAAAACAGACCAUAAAACACAGUAAUAAGCAAACAGUGCUACGGUAUAUUUGUUCCUUGGUUACUAAAAUAAAGUUGAAUUAAGCAUUAAAUUGAUUUUGUUUUCACACUCUUCUUGUACAUAUUUUGUGUAUGAACAUAAUUUUCGUAUGUGAUGUCGAAGGGUUUAGAAAUGAAAAGGGGUUUCCAUAGGUGACCAUCAAAUUGCAAUUAAUGAGUUGAUAUACAUAUCCCACACACUAAUUAGUCACAAACUUUAAAUCAUCAUGAAAUUUCAUCUGGACAAACUAGAAG